CUGGCGCUCUUCUCUUUACAAGCAGGAGCGAUCUACCCUGGAUGACCAUUUAGAUGUCUGGACUGUUUGCUCCACUAAGACUACCAAGCAGGAUUCCGUCCCUGGUUAGUCUCACCUCUAUCCUGGUCCAAAUCCAGCCAAUCAGCUCUCUCAUCACCGGCCAACAACCAAUCAGCAACCACCACACGUCAAGCCCCGCCCACACACAGCAGAAUCCCGCACCGGGCGUUUGGAGUGAGAGCAGGAGGGAAAGAGACCAGCCGGGGAACUGUCCAAUCAGAUUGGGAGAGAAUUUGAAUCGUCCAAUCAGCAACCAGUACAUGUGCGGUAAUUCCUACUCCAGUAUGGCCGCUUGCACUGGACCAGCCCUGUUGCCUUCCGCUAAGCACACAGCUACGGUGAUAUUUCUGCAUGGACUUGGUGAUCAAGGUCAUGGCUGGUGUUCGUCAUUUGAAGAGAUCAAAGAGCCUCACAUCAAAUACAUAUUUCCUAAUGCACCUAAUAAUCCGGUCACGCUGAACAUGGGUAUGGUGAUGCCGUCAUGGUUUGACAUCAUCUCGUUGGGGGCCGAGGGGAAGGAAGACAAGGAGGGUAUCCUGAAGGCUUCCGCAAAUUUAUUAAAAAUGGUUGCGGAAGAGGAAAGCCACGGUAUCGCACCUAAUCGAAUUGUCAUAGGAGGUUUCUCACAAGGGGGUGCUGUUUCACUCUACUCGGCAUUAACGGACGACAGGCCAUAUGCGGGUGUAUUAGCGCUCAGUACAUGGAUGCCUCUGCAUCAGACAUUUAAAACGGAUGGAGUCAGCAAGAAGCCCAUGCCUCUACUGCAAUGCCAUGGAACCUCUGACAAUAUUCUUCCUUUCAGUCUGGGCCAGAUGACCCAUAAUUUGUUACAAACCCAGGUCUCCAGUCCAGAGUUCCAUAAAUAUCCUGGUCUUGGACAUAGUUCUUGUUCUGAGGAAAUGCUCCUAGUACGCGAUUUCUUGAAGAAAGUCCUUCCGUAGUGUCUUUACCCAGCCAGAUGCUAUUUACCCCACUUCUAACAAUGGCAGAUGAGCGCAUUCCUGAUCGCUACUUCAAUAGAAGACGGAGCACGACAAUCUGGAACAAAUCUUAUGGUUGUUUUUAUCAAAUGUCUUAUCAGAAAAUGGUGAUCAAACCUUUCCCUCUUGCUCCAAGCAGACAUAAUGUCAAUUUAGCUAUUACAGUGGAACCUCAUUAUAAGGCUUAAAAUAAAAAACUUGUUGUAUUGCCCUUUAGGUGCCAAAACAUGGGUCAGUCGGUCAGAAAAGUUUUUUUUUUUUUUUAACUUUUUUUUUGGUCGCCCUCUUUGGGCCGAUAUUUUUCAGUU